CUCCUCUCCCUCCAAAUCCAAAAACCUUCACCAAUAUCCCCUUGGAUGAUGUAGAGAAGAAGAUCGAGAGAGAUAGAAGAAUUAUGCAUAGUUAACGGGGAGGACUGAGGAGAGUAGAGUAGAGUAGUAGGAGCUGCGAUGAACAUGGUUUCUCCUACCGGAAGUCUGAACACCGUCACUCCCUGCGCCGCCUGCAAGCUCCUCCGCCGAAGAUGCGCCGAGGAAUGCCCAUUCUCCCCUUACUUCUCCCCUCACGAGCCCCACAAGUUCGCCGCCGUCCACAAGGUCUUCGGCGCCAGCAACGUCUCCAAGAUGCUCCUCGAAGUGCCCGAGACCCAGAGGGCUGACGCGGCCAAUAGCCUGGUCUACGAAGCCAACCUGAGGCUAAGGGAUCCGGUGUACGGGUGCAUGGGAGCAAUCUCCGCACUGCAGCAGCAGAUGCAGUCCCUACAGCUUGAGCUCAACGCCGUCAGGGCCGAGAUCCUCAAGUACAAGUACAGAGAGGCCACCACCAACCUUCUUUCUUCUUCCAAUCACGCCGCCUUGAUUUCAUCCGGCGUCGUUUCGGUGAUCUCGGCCGCGCCAACCACGCCUGCCGUUGCCGCCUCCCAAAUGGCACCGCAGCAGCAGCUGCAGCAACACCAUCCGCCGCCGGCUCCGACGACUCCCACUCCGAACAGCUGUCAUAACGCUUCUUCUUCUGCUACUGGUGGUGGUGGUGGUCCUCCUCCGCCGACGCCCCCACCCCCGCCGCCGCCUCCUCCUUCGAUUGUUAUAUCGUCAUCCUCGUCAUCUUCUGCAUCAAAUCUAUACGCGCCGGCGACGACAGGUUACAGCUCCAUUACCGCCGGGGAUCACAACGGCGUGCCUUAUUUUGAUUGAUUUUUAAUUUUUAAAUUGAAGAAGAGGGGUUACUACUGGUGGCCGGUUGUGCCUUCUUGGAUCUGCUUUUCUUUUCUGAUCUGAGCUAGCUUUGGUACUUGGUCAAUCACCAAUUAGUAACAUGAUUAAAAAUUUCUUCUUUUCAAUAUGAGAGAAAAGCAAAAAGACGACCGUUAUUUAAUUAAGCUCUUUGAACAUU